AUGAAAACCAUUGUGCUGCUCGCCAGCGCGGUACUGGCGAGCUCGCAAAGCUAUGGCGGACAUGGUGGCGACCACGGUCAUGGCCAUGGCAGCUGGGGUCACGACCACGACUGGGAUUGGAACGGAGGAUAUCCGCACGGAGGAUGGGGCGGAUCAUGUCAACACAUGCCAGGUGGCGAGCCUCCAGCUUACGGAACGCAAAAUGCGACAUUUGAGCAACUCAUUGAUCACAACAACCCAGAGCUUGGCACGUUCUCGCAGUUCUACUUCUAUGACGACCGUUACUGGAAGGGCCCAGGAUCUCCGGUCAUCUUGUUCACGCCUGGCGAGGUCAAUGCUACGAGAUAUUACAGCUAUCUGUCGACGAACAGGACCACUGGUCUCCUAGCAGAGGAGAUUGGGGCAGCCACGAUCGUUUUGGAGCAUCGGUACUGGGGCGUCUCUUCACCUUUCGCUGACUUGACGACCGAGAACAUGAAGUACCUCACAUUGGACAAUGCACUCAAAGACAUGACAUACUUCGCCAAUAACGUCAAGCUACCUUUCGCCAAGCAUGCCAGCAGCAAUGCUAAAGAUGUGCCUUGGGUCACGAUGGGCGGUAGCUACUCCGGUGCCUUAUCGGCAUGGCUGGCAAGUGUCGAGCCGGGCACUCUCUGGGCGUAUCACGCUUCAAGUGCGCCUGUCGAAGCUGUUUCGGACUACUGGGGAUACUUCAAACCAGUGCAAGAAGGAAUGCCACAGAACUGCUCGAAGGACGUCUCGCUCGUCAUUGAUCACAUGGACGACAUCUUGAUGCACGGUUCUGACCAGGAAGUCCACGACUUGAAGGCGAAGUUCGGUCUGGAGACGGUCGAGCACAAUGACGACUUUAUGGCCGCUCUUGAGAAUGGACCAUGGUUGUGGCAAGGCAACCAAUUCUACACCAACACUGGCUUCUUCACCUGGUGCGACUACGUCGAGGACUCUGUCAACAAGACCGGAAGUGCCGUAGCUGGUCCAGAUGGUGUUGGUGUGGAAAAAGCACUCGAGGGCUAUGCCAAAUGGUGGGUCGAGACAGAGCUGCCAACGUACUGCUCCGCGUAUGGAUACGCAGAGUUUAACAGCACCAACAACACAGCGUGCCUUGACAGCUACAACGCCACCAGUCCUCUGUACACGGACACCACUUUGAGCAACGUCGUCGACAGGCAAUGGGUGUGGAUGACUUGCAACGAGUCAUUCGCAUACUGGCAGACCGGAGCUCCAGAAGGCCGACCAAGUAUCGUCUCUCGUCUGGUGACACCCGAGUACUGGAUCCGUCAAUGUGGUCUUUACUUUCCCCCAGGACCGAACGGCGAGACAUACGGCAUCGCCGAAGGCAAAACAGAAGAACAAGUCAACGCAUACACCGGAGGCUGGAACAUCGACAACACCACCCGUCUGAUCUACGUCAACGGCGACAACGAUCCAUGGAGAGAGUGUGGUGUCUCCGCAGAUCUUCGACCUGGCGGACCACUCGAAAGCACCGAGCAGGUACCGGUCGAGAUCGUGCCUGGUGGCUACCACACCAGCGACCUAAUCACACAGAACGGAGCAGUGAAUUCCGGCGUCAAGGCUGUACAGGAUAGAAUCAUUGCACAGCUUGCAGCAUGGGUGAAGCAGUACCCGAAGAAGCAUUGCUUCACAGCAUAG